AUGAUUUUCACUGACAUCUUCUCGAUCAUCCUCCGCCUUGCGGAGCUGGCCUUUGCGGCCAUCGUUGCCGGCGUCGACGGCAGCUACCUGCACGCCCACGAGCACGAGUCGUCGUGGGGGCUCGGCCGCUUCAUCUACACCGAGGUGGUUGCCGGGCUUUCGAUCCUCCUCGCCAUCAUCUGGCUCUUCCCCUUCUCCGGCUCCUUCAUCCACUGGCCAACAGAUCUCGUCAUCAGCAUCGCCUGGUUUGUCGCCUUUGGUCUCCUGGUCGACUGGCUUAACGGCGCCUGUGGCUAUGUCUUGAACUGGGGCAAUAUUACCAUUGACGGCAACCCGAAUUCGUGCUCUCAGUGGAAGGCCAGCAUUGCCUUUUCCUUUCUCAGCGCCAUCUGCUGGCUGGUCAGCGCUAUUGUUGGCAUCUACUGGGUCCGUCGGCACACAGCCCCCGUUGCCGGCACCACUUAUCACCGCCGCCGCUGGUAUAGGUCGCGUGUCUAA